AAAGGGCUUAGACUCCAUUAAAGGUUGGAUGACUGACAACUUCCUCCAACUUAAUGAAGGAAAAACUGAAGUCCUUGUAUGUGUUCCUGACAGACAUGCACUUACGAUGAUGAAAGCUCUAGGUCCCCUUUCGACAUUUGUGAAAUCGUCUAUCGGGAACCUUGGGGUAACUUUUGACUUUGCUCUCACUUUGGAUGUUCAAAUCUCUGGUUCGGUCUUUCUUUUAUCACUUAUCACUGCUAAAUUAAGUCCUAUUGUGUCACACACUGAACUGGAGGUGGUUAUACAUGCAUUCGUUUCAUCAUGUUUGGACUAUUGUAACUCACUGUUUAUAUGUCUAAACAAAAACUCCUUGGAACAUUUGCAGGCCGUUAAAAACUCUGCAGCAAGGCAUAAACUUAAAAACUCAGUUUUUUAUUGUCACAUAAGUGGUUGCCUGAUCCACAUGUUGCUGUAGUUUGUAGUCACAGCAGUUGCUCUAGCUUUACUUUUACUAGAUCUUGCUGCAGUUUAGCUGCCUAACUUUCCAUCUGUAGUUUCAGAUGUUCAGUAGUUUCAGUGUUUGAUUAAGUUGUGGAAGUUUCCAUAACUAGCACCAGACGGUGAUGUAGCUUGGGUAUUUCAUUUAGUUGCACCAGUUUCAGCUGCUGGUAUAAUUUAUUUGUAUCAGUUACUCAAGUUUCAGUCAUUUCAGUUUCACUGACUUGACAAUGUUGGUGUUGUUAGUUGCAGGUAUAAUGUCAAUGGUUGCUUCAUUGCAGUGGUACUUUCACCCGUUUGCGUAGGUGCAAAUCUUGAGAUACUUGCCAUGUUUAGUUUUAGCCAUUACUGUAGAUACAGUUUUAUAAUUCCUGCAGUUUCAGAGGCUGACUCAUUUGUAGGAGUUGCAGUUGUUGUACGUAUUGCUGUGGUCUCAUUGGGUGCAGAAUAUAUAUUUAUUUGCAAGUGUUGUUUGCAUUUGCUGAUUAUGUAUUUACAGAUUUUUAACUGAUUAGGAGGUAACGGAUAAAAAUGCAAACUACAAACAGACCUAUGUUGUUUAAAGUUACUAAACAGUGUCUACUUCAAACUGUUCUUCCUGGUAAAAGUUAAAGUCUGUUAACUCCUCCCUCUUCUACCUGAAGCACAGCAGCUCCAGUCUGUCCACAUAUUUUCUGAAAUAGUUUCACCACUAUGUAACAGACACUCACAGACUCACUCUUACUGAGAAGGAGAAAUGGCGCAGAAAAGAGAUCAGCUAGAUCGAGAAAUGUUCUCUUGUUGGAUCUGUUUGGAUCUACUGAAGAAUACUGUGACUAUUCCCUGUGGACACAGUUACUGUAUGAACUGUAUCGAAACCCACUUUGAUGAAGAGGACAGGAAGGGAAUCCACAGCUGCCCUCAGUGCAGGAAGACUUUCACACUGAGGCCUGACCUGGAGAAAAACACCAUGUUAGCAGAGUUGAUGGAGUUACUGAAGAAGACUGGACUCCAAGCUGCUCCAGCUGAUCACUGCUAUGCUGGACCUGAAGAUGUGGCCUGUGAUGUCUGCACUGGGAGGAAGCUGAAAGCCAUCAAAUCCUGUUUAUCUUGUCCAGCCUCUUACUGUGAGAAACACCUCCAACCUCACUAUGAUGCAGCUCCAUUAAAGAAACACAAGCUGGUGGCCCCCUCCAAGAAGCUCCAGGAGAACAUCUGCUCUCGUCAUAAAGGCCAUGAAACAGUCCCAGCUGCAGCAGAAAGGACUGAGAAGCAGAAGGAGCUCGAGGUGAGACGACUAAACAUCCAGCAGAGAAUCCAGGAGCGAGAGAAAGAUGUGAAGCUGCUUCAACAGGAGGUGGAGGCCAUCAAUGGCUCUGCUGAUAAAGCAGUGGAGGACAGUGAGAAGAUGUUCACUGAGCUGAUCCGUCUCAUCCAGAAAAGAAGCUCUGAUGUGAAGCAGCAGGUCAGAUCCCAGCAGGAAACUGAAGUGAGUCGAGUCAAAGAGCUUCAGGAGAAGCUGGAGCAGGAGAUCGCUGAGCUGAAGAGGAAAGACGGCGAGCUGGAGCAGCUCUCACACACAGAGGAUCACAACCAGUUUCUACACAACUACCCCUCACUGUCAGCACUCAGUGAGUCUACACACUCAUCCAGCAUCAAUAUUCGUCCUCUGAGCUACUUUGAGGAUGUGACAGCAGCUGUGUCAGAGACCAGAGAUAAACUACAGGACAUUCUGAGAGAGGAAUGGACAAACAUCUCACUGACAGUCACUGAAGAGGAUGUUUUAUUGUCAUCACCAGAGCCAAAGACCAGAGCUGGAUUCUUAAAAUAUUCACAUGAAAUCAUACUGGAUCCAAACACAGCACACAGAGAAUUGUUAUUAUCUGAGGGGAACAGAAAAGUGACAUUAAUGAGACAAAAACAGACUUACUCUAAUCAUCCAGACAGAUUCACUGAUUAUUAUCAAGUCCUGAGUAGAGAGAGUCUGACUGGACGUUGUUACUGGGAGGUGAAGUGGAGAGGGGGUGGAGUUGAUGCAGCAGUCGCAUACAAGAAUAUCAGCAGAGCAGGAGAGUCAGAUGAAUGUGGAUUUGGAUUUAAUGACAAGUCUUGGUUAUUGAGCUGUGACAGAAAAAGUUGCAAAUUUUUACACAACAAAGUCCAAACUGACCUCUCAGGUCCUCGGUCCUCCAGAGUAGGAGUGUACCUGGAUCACAGUGCAGGUAUUCUGUCUUUCUACAGCGUCUCUGAAACCAUGACUCUCCUCCACAGAGUCCAGACCACAUUCACUCAGCCGCUCUAUGCUGGACUUGGUCUUUUUAUUGAUCAUGGAGACACUGCAGAGAUAUUAAACUGAAAUAGACAGAAGUCAUUGAGGGACAGCUAGUUCCUGUUUCUUUGGUCUCCAUGAUUGUUGUCAACAGAUUUUGAAAAGAGGUCAGAGUGACACCAGAAACUUUUUUGAAAGUAAAUUCUGUUAGACCUAAAACAAUUUCUAAUUAGCUUGUAUGGAGAAGAUCAUAAAAUCUAAUAAAAAUGAACAAACAUUAAUGAACUUCCGUUUUUAUAUCAAGAAGACACUAGUAUUAUAAAUACAAUUGUUUUUAAUGAAUAGUAUUGUUUAAGCUCACAGAUGAAAUGUUACACUCUGAAUAAGUCUUUUAAUUUCAGUCCUUCCAGCACACAAAGUCACACGUAUUCUACUAGAGAAGAUGUGGAUUUUAUAGAGACUCAAUCUGAAGACUUGCUUAAUGUAAACCCUCCUGUGUGAAGUUUGUUACAUGUUUGAACUGAUACAUGCUGAUUUUCUUUCUUUUUGUUGUUCUUGAUUUUUGUGUUUUAACACA